GGCGUGGGGCCGGCAGUCAGGAUGUGGCCGCGGACCGAAGUGGUCCUGCUCGCCUCGCUCGUCUCCUUGCUGCUCUGCAAAGGUGUCUUGGGCGCCUCGCUAAUUGGCAACGACACUGACGAGCAGGACUAUGGAGACGACAGUUUCGCGAGCAGUCGUGCGUCUCACAAAAAGCGCCAUGACAGACAGCACGUUCCCGAUGUUGACGGUUCGGUGGUGCGGGAGGAGCUGCUGAUUGCAGAAAUCAUAGACGCCCUCGACCGGCUCUUCGACUUUUUCCACAAAAAUCUGCAGCACUUGAUUGCUGAUGGCUUCGUAGGCAUCGCCAUUGCUCAAGGCCAACUGAAGGAGGCGGUGCCGCUCGUGCCGGCUCAUUUGGCGCCGCUGGUCGACCAGCUCAUCCUCAAAAGUGGCCAAAUCCUCGACGGAUUCGACCCAGACGUGCAUGGCGUGCCUGAAAUCGGCCCGGGAAUGCGUAUUCUGUUGCAGCCCGAGAUGUGGAUGAGUUUCCAGCUACCGGUGCCCAAAAUCGACGACCAGGUUGCCCAACACGCUCUCGCAGGUCAAGAGACGCCGGACGAGUGUCUCGGACAGUUGCUGUCCGGCCAGAGGCCGUGCCACAUCAGCGCCGACUGCUGGCGAAAACAGCUCAUCGAGCCAAACGAGCAUUUUUCCUACAGCACCACGCACCACCUCUUCUUCUACCACCUCGCAAAAAAGCUGCAGUGCAAAGUGGCUGGCCGCGACCUCGACUCACUAAUCGUUGACGCGUGCGACAAAAUUCUCGUCGAAGCGACCGAGAUCGCCAAAGCCGAUUUUCCGGAGCCACGCCGAGACCUUUUCCUCGAGCAGCUGGCCCUCUGCGGGAUCGAGGGCUCCUCCAGCGCCGAAUUUGUGCGCCAUGACUGGCUCAAGGAGGCGCUCAGGUGGCAAAAACCCAUCACUGGUUGCUACGGGCUCAGCAGCCGUCGAGUGAAGCGGAACGAGAAGCUGGUUCCCAGUGGUUGUCUCGUGCACUUUUCCUCGGUGGCCGCGGCAGCGCUGGCCACCGGCCUGCGGGCGCUGCUCGCCUCGUCCUUCUGAAUCCGCUCGCUCAUCCUCUCAUCUCGUCGUCCCUACCACCCCUCUCAUCUUGUAUUUUUGUUACAUAAACAAAUAAAAAGCUGUUCAACAAAA